CAUAGUUGAAGGACUCAUCAGAGGAAGUUAAAUUAAAUGCCUCUAUAGCCGCAACUCUCUCUUUCUUAUAUAUCUCCCAAAACUUGGAAGAAAAAUAAUACAAAAAGAAAAAAAAAAAGUAUAAAUCAUAAUGGCUUUCUCUCAAGGAACUGCAAUUACUUAUUAUAUAUUUUUGGUAUUGUUUGUAUCGACCGGACAUGUCGCCGGCGGCUGCUACAAAGCCAUCGUAAGUUUCGGCGAUUCGCUCACCGACACCGGAAACCUUAUCCGCAUGUCCAAGUCAUCCAAUGCCUAUGUCAUGUCGGCGGUGCUUCCCUACGGCGAAACGUUCUUCCAUCAUCCCACCGGCCGCUACUCCGACGGCCGCCUUAUCAUCGAUUUUAUGGCUCUGAGUAUGGGGCUUCCAUUUGUGGAACCGUAUUUCGGCGGCAAGACUACCGGCGAUCGGAGUUUUGCGAAGGGAGUGAAUUUUGCGGUGGCGGGGGCGACGGCGAUGGAUAUCUCUUUCUUUACGGAGAGAGGAAUCACUAACCGCUGCACAAAUGCGUCUCUGGGAACUGAGUUGGAAUGGUUUAAGCAGAUGAUGUCAUCUUUUUGCGACACGCCGUCAAGAUGCAAGCAAUAUUUAGGAAGCUCAAUAGUUCUAAUGGGGGAGAUUGGUGGCAACGAUUACAAUUAUGCAUUCCUUCAAGGCUAUCCUAAAGAAAAGAUUGUGUCUUUUGUUCCCAAAAUUAUUGCAAUCAUCGCUUCAGCUGUCAACGAACUAAUUGAACAUGGGGCGCAAACAAUAAUAGUUCCAGGAAACUUUCCAAUUGGAUGUUCGGCAUCUUAUCUGACGCACUUCAUGACUGCUAAUACAAGUGAAUAUGAUCCCAAAACUGGUUGUCUUAACUGGUUGAACGAUUUCUCUGAAUACCACAACAGAUUACUUCAAAACGAACUGGACCGCCUUAGAGAACAGUAUCCAGACACGACAAUUAUUUAUGCAGACUACUAUAACGCUGCAAUGCGACUAUAUAACUCUCCAAGCAAAUAUGGAUUUAAAAAUACAGUGGUAGCGUGUUGUGGGGGUGGGGGCCCAUACAAUUACGACGGACUUGUAGAUUGUGGGUCCGCAUCAUCAACGGUUUGCGAUAACCCCUCAUCGUAUAUUAGCUGGGAUGGAUCGCACCUGACCGAAGCCGCUUAUAAAUGGAUAGCUGAUGGGCUUCUAAAGGGCCCAUAUACUACUCCACAAAUCAAUGGCGAAUGCAUUUUCAGGAGCCCAAAAACCAAACUUUCGGACUCUUAGCUUCGGCCCAAUAUCUGCAGGGUUUGAGGCUGUGAGCAGCCCAUUUUGUAAUUAUUGGGCUUUAAAUUGUUUGGCCCAUAUGCAACCAAGUUUGGUAGGCAAUGUGUCAGUAAAACUGUAAAAAUUUAUUGUAUCUCUAUCAUGUAUGAUAUUGGUGCAUGGAUUUAGAAAAUUUGGAAAUCUCUGAUCUAUAGAUUUUAGAGAUUACAAAUAUUAUUGUAACAUGUAAAAUACAUGUGUGUAUCAAGUGUGGAGGCAUUGAUGUGUUUUU